AGCGACAGGUCUCGGGCCCCCAGGCGGAGCGCCGGACCCCCAGGCGGAGCGGCGGGCGCCGGACCCCCAGGCGGAGCGACAGGCACCGAGUCACCAGGCACGACAGUGGGCUCCAAGUCAACUGGCAUGACCGCUGGCACUGGGUCAGACAUUGGAUCGUCUGGCUGGACAGCGGGCAUCGGGUCACCAGGCAUCAGGUCAUUUGGCUCGACAGCGGGCACCGCGUCAUCUGGCAAGGCAGUGGGCUCCGAGUCAACUGGCAUUGGAUCGACUGGCUGGACAGCGGGCAUCGGGUCACCAGACAUGACAGCGGGCACUGGGUCAUCAGGCAUUGGAUCGUCUGGCUCGACAGCGGGCAUCGGGUCACCAGGUAUGACAGCGGGCCCCGGGUCAUCAGGUACCGGAUCAUCUGGAUCAACAGCGGGCAUUGAGUCAACUGGCCUAAUAGGAUCAUCAGGCUGGAUCAGUUCAUCAGGCUGAGUAGAGGCAUCAGGCUGAGUAGAGGCAUCAGGCUGAGUAGAGGCAUCAGGCCGAGUAGAGGCAUCAGGCCGGGUAGAGGCAUCAGGGUAGAGGCAU